AUGACACUUUUUCUAUGGUAUUUGUAUUUUCUUAUGCUUGUGUUAUAUUGCAGUGCACGUCUUGCUCUACCAGAACCAGAGGCGAGUGAUAGAACAACUGUAAUGCUCCAUGAGAGAAGACAUCAACACAAACCCUUUGUAGUUAAUUUUCAGCCAUCUUUAUUGCUUUCUCAAGAAAAAGAGCAAGAAGUGAAAAGAUUCGGAAACUGUUUCCCAAUCAUUGAAGAACCGGCAUCACCUGAACCAGAGUAUACAAUGCAUGACAUUGAGGAUUAUCCUUGGGACAAUAACAGAGUUUUAAAUUCUAAGUUCUUGGAAAAUGAUCCUUGGGCAAGUCAGGAGAUGAUUCCUACAAUCAUGCUCAACAAGGAAGCUGGUUCAUCAACAGAAUUGGUGGUACUAAGCGCAGAAGCAGCAGCAAUACCUACACACCAACUCAAGACCAAGGAAAGGCUACGCACAGAGCACCUCGUCUAUGAGCUCCCUGACUACCAUCCUAUUCUAGAAAGGUUUGAGAGGCAAGAAGCUGAGGAUAUAUUUCCCUACCUGUUAGCCAUUUGGACGCCGGGUGAAACUGAAAACUCCAUUCAACCGCCUAAACAAAGAUGUGAUUUCCAAGGAAACGAAAAUACAUUAUGUCAUGAGAAGAAAUGUUACCAAUGCAACAAGAUACGGGAAGAGGAAUCAAAAAUAGUGCGAGGAACUAUACUGAUACCUUGCAGGACAGCAUUGAGAGGGGGCUUCCCUCUGAAUGGCACUUACUUCCAAACCAAUGAGGUUUUUGCUGACCAUGCCUCUAGCAUCAACCCAAUUCACGUCCCAAGAGAACAGAUAUGGAAACUGCCAAAGAGAAUCGCAUACUUUGGAUCUUCUGUGAGCGUAAUUUGUAGAGGUUUAACAUUGGACAAUAUCCGAGACAAUUUCGAGAAAGGAUAUGUUUGCGUAAGAGGAUUUGACAGGGAGAAUCGUACGUCAAAGACUCUAGUGAGAAGACUGCAUUGCCCACCGAGCAACCAAGAACCAAAACAACAAGAAAAGAAGCCCAAAAAACAAGUAAAGAAGCCAAGAAAACAAGGAAAGAAGCCAAAGAUACAAGGAAAAAAAGCACCUCCGAAUAGCAUAAAGAUAGAGUUAGACAUUGGAUUCAUGGGUUAGAGGGGUAUACAUCAUCAAGGUCAUCAUAGCUUUCACCAAACUUUCAUCAGAUUUUUUU